GUUGUUUUGCAGCUUAACAUUACACGCGAGUAAUCCACCGAAAACAUCCGUCACAAGUCGAAUAGGUAUAAUCCGACAAAUAUUGGAUCCAGUGAAACCAUUAAGUUCGAGAUAGGAACUCGUAUGCUGUGUUUGACGAUCCACUGAUUUUAAUAAACAUAACUUGCCGACGAACGGCAGCUUAGCGUUUCUCAUCUGAAAUCCCGCCACUGAAGAUUCGGAGGUAUUUUUCGCCACGGGAAACGAGAAAAAAUUUAUCUAAUUUCCUGGUGCAAAGGAGGCUCGAAUAGCGUUCCAAGUGGGUCGAUUAUUUUCACAAAAAGCGAUCCGAAGAUUCGUCAUGGCACUCGCGAACCGAGGUGCGGAUGUCGAAGUUGAGAUGGACCCGAAAGGCGAGUCGCUGGUCAAAGGCACCAACUUCGCUGGGAAUAAGAAUUUUGGAAUAUUUUCAAUUCGUACUCAGAUGGAAAAGAUCUUACUUGUCGUUGCGGCGAUUUUGCUGAUUCUGUGCAUCGUUUUUAUUGCGCUUUUGGCGAAAGAAACUGCGGAUAACGAUAGCUCUAAAGCAUCGACAACUGGUGGCCGUGAAGCCCAAACGACUGCUGAACCAAACCAAACCACAUCAAAGCCUACCGCAAUGCCCUCGCCAAAGCCUACCACCAAGCCUUCAGGAAAGUACGUCUAUUCCGAUGAAGCUCAGCGUAUUAAGUUUCCUGACUUUUUGAAGAGGGUUCAGGACACUUAUUACGAGUAUAAUCGUGACCAGUUUGCCUGGCAGUCCCAUAAAAAUGUUGCAGAAAUAACUGAUGAUUUGAAAACUAGGUCAGUUCCAUGA